AUGGGUGCCGCCAAAAAGUAUGCCAUCCUUCCCAUGGAGGAUGAGAAUAUGGGACCAGCAAAAGUCGUCGAAAAGAAGAGAGAAAAGCACAGACACGACAAAUCAUCUUCCUCCCGACGCGAUAGGCACAGAGAGCGAAGUCGAGAAAGAAGCCGGGAACGAUCCCCACGUCGCGACGCCGAACAUCGAUCGAAAACGAUUCGAAAGAGAGAGGCAAACGAUGCGGAUUUUGAGGAUCGAUGGGGCGAUGAAGAGUAUAUUUCUGAGCCGGAACCAGAGCCGGAGUUUCAGGAGUCUGCCUCGAAGCGCCUGAAAACGGAUCACAGGGAUGAUGAGGAAGAAGACAUUUCAGACGCAGAAAAGGAACGGAGGAGGGAUCAGGCGGAGAAAGAUGCAUUUGCAAAACGUCUUCUGUCCAAGGAUAAGGACAAAACUAAGAAGCUGGUAGAAGAUAGGUCUUCGACAAAGGAGGGAAACAUCCUGGCGCAACGACGAGCACUGGCUGAAGAUGCGGCUGCGAGAGAUGCUGCGCUCCCAGAUCUUCGGGAAAGGUCUCGUCAAGAGUACCUGAAGAAGAGAGAAGCAGAGAGAUUAGCACUUUUGCGCAAGCAAGUCAUGGAGGAGACGGAGGAAUUACGAAGUGGCGCGAGGCUGUCGGAAAAAGAGAAAGCGGAGUUCGCAAAGAAUCGGGAGGUUUUACGAAUUGCAGAGGAGCGGUUACGAAUCGAUGACCAUCGAGAUGGGUACGCGAUGCCCGAUGAUUAUAUUACUGAGAAGGGGAAAAUUGAUAGGAAGAAGAAAGAAGAGGCCAUGUACAAAAGAUAUGUCGACAAGGACGAGUACGGACAGGAAAAGUUCGUUACUGAGCAUGAGGAGUGGGAGAGGGAGCAAGCGGCAAAAGCCAAAUCUCAGAUCAAAAGCACUGAACGAUUCAAUGAGGGCGAAUAUGAUUAUGUUUUGGAUGAAGAACAAGGGAUCAAGUGGGUGAUGGAUUCGAAAUUGCCCGGAGAAGGAAAAGGAAUGUCAAAAGAGGAGAGAUUUAUAGCAGAGCAGUUGAAGGCUGCUGAGAAAAAGGCUCUUUCCAUGGAAGAAACUCGAAAAAGUCUCCCCAUCUACCAGUACAGGGAUGAAUUCUUGGCUGCCCUGGAGCAACAUCAAAUUUUGGUCAUUGUAGGAGAAACAGGAAGUGGAAAAACCACUCAACUCCCUCAGUAUCUACAUGAAGCGGGAUAUACUAAAGACGGACUGAAAGUUGGAUGUACUCAACCUCGUCGUGUAGCAGCCAUGUCAGUUGCUGCUCGUGUGGCCGAUGAAAUGGGUGUCAAGGUGGGUAAUGAGGUGGGAUACUCUAUCCGUUUUGAAGAUUCUACGAGUGAUAAGACAGUCCUCAAGUACAUGACCGAUGGUAUGCUGUUACGAGAAUUCAUGACGGAGCCAGAUUUGGGAGGUUAUUCAGCACUCAUGAUCGACGAGGCUCACGAACGGACUGUUCAUACUGAUAUUCUAUUGGCCUUGGUGAAAGAUUUGUCGAGAGAGCGACCCGAGAUGAAGCUUCUAAUCUCUUCAGCCACCAUGAAUGCAUCAAAAUUUGCCGAAUAUUUUGAUGAUGCUCCUAUCUUCAAUAUUCCUGGACGAAGAUAUCCAGUUGAUAUUCAUUAUACCCCACAACCAGAGGCAAAUUACCUAGCAGCUGCUAUCACUACUGUUUUCCAAAUUCACACCACUCAAGGCAAAGGAGAUAUCUUGGUCUUUUUGACGGGUCAAGAUGAAAUUGAGGCAGCGGAACAAAACAUCACAGAAAUCUCACGAAAGUUAGGGGGUCGAGUGCCUGAAUUGGUCAUUUGUCCAAUUUACGCAAACCUUCCCUCAGAACUUCAAAGUAAAAUUUUCGAACCUACGCCAGAAGGGUCAAGAAAGGUCGUCCUGGCUACUAACAUUGCUGAAACAAGUUUGACGAUUGAUGGUAUUGUAUAUGUCAUUGAUCCAGGAUUUGUUAAAGAGAAUAUCUACAAUCCUGCUACUGGAAUGUCAAAAUUGGUAGCAGUUCCUUGCUCACGUGCCUCUGCGAACCAGAGAAGUGGUCGUGCUGGUCGUGUUGGGCCUGGAAAAUGUUUCCGACUUUACACGAAAUGGGCGUUUAUGAAUGAGAUGGAGGAGAGUACCACACCUGAAAUUCAAAGGACAAAUCUCAAUGGAGUCGUCCUGUUGUUGAAAUCCUUGGGUAUCAAUGACCUCCUGGAAUUCGAAUUUAUGGAUCCACCACCUACCGAAACCCUGAUUGGCGCACUGAAUCAAUUAUUCGCACUCCAAUCACUAAAUCAUCAAGGGGAACUCACCAAAAUGGGUCGACAGAUGGCAGAAUUCCCUACUGACCCUAUGCUCGCUAAAGCCAUCCUGGCAGCCGACAAGCUCGGCUGCGUCGACGAAGUCCUUUCCAUCGUCGCCAUGCUCUCCGAAGCAUCCGCCCUCUUCUUCCGCCCCAAAGACAAGAAAAUCCACGCCGAUUCGGCCCGCGCUCGCUUCACCAUCAAAGAAGGCGGCGACCACCUCACCCUCCUCAAUAUCUGGAACCAAUGGGUCGACAGCGACUUCUCCUUCGUCUGGGCCAAGGAAAACUUCCUGCAACAACGCUCCCUGACCCGCGCCCGUGACGUCCGCGACCAACUCGCCAAACUCUGCGAGCGCGUAGAAGUCACCCUCUCCACCGUCGGCCAGAACGAUCUCGUCCCCAUCCAGAAAGCUAUCACGGCGGGCUUCUUCCCUAACGCGGCGCGUCUCCAGCGAGGCGGGGAUAGUUAUCGUACCGUCAAAAAUAAUACGACGGUGUAUAUCCAUCCUAGCUCGGUGUUGAUGGAUAGUAAUCCCCCGAUCAAGAUGGUGGUUUAUUAUGAGCUGGUGCAGACUACGAAGGAGUAUAUGAGGAGUUGUUUGCCGAUUAAGCCGGAGUGGUUGCAUGAGGCUGCGCCGCAUUUUCAUAAGAAAGGGGAUUUGGAGGAGAAGAGGAAGAUGCCUAAGGGGAGGUUGUAA